AUCAACAAAAAGUCCUUAAUGAAAACCUGCAUUACACAUUAUAUACAUAAUCGUAUAAUAUAGUGUUCGUAUUAAAAACGCACACGAUGAAGUUUUAACAGGCCUGCCUGCAAAGUCAAGAAAAUUGCUGACUUUCUGAGAGUAGAAUUAUGAAUCCAUUAGAAAUAAUCCUGGUGACAUCUGGUACAAGAGGGGAACGACUUUUGUUUAGAUAUCCAUAUGAAUCAGAUGAAAAGAAUUUGAAAUGUGCUAGAGGUAGAAAUAGAAACCCAUAUGCAAUCAAAAUAGCUGAGGAUAUUAAAAGUCAUAGGUAUGGAGAAGAUAUUACAGCUACAGAUAAAUAUAAAAUCAGCAACAGUACACUAGCUACUUUACUUGCUGCCAAGUCUUCUCUAUGUAACCAGAAUUUUGAUUUGAAAAUUGAUGAUGUUCGAUUUAUUGGGUUUCCAGUUAUAUUACAUGUUCCUGUUACUACUGGUAAACAAACUGGUCACAGAAUAACUACUGUUAAUGUUGUCUUUACUUUAAAGGCUAAUAUUGAAAACUGUAUAAAAGAAAGAUAUUAUACAAUAUGUAAACAGAUUACUAUAGCUAUACAACAUGAAGAAAGAAGAUGUCAGUACCUAUCUAUACAAGCUAAAAUAAUGAUGGGUGCCCAGGAUGAAAUGACUACAAGAACGGAAGACUGUAUAGAAUCACCCUAUAAACUUAUUCUGCAGAAAAGUCAGUUAGCUAGUGAAUUGAAACAAGUAUAUGAAAGUUUAUGUAAAUCUGGUGCAAUAUUAUUGUAUAUCAAUAAUUGGAUAGAAAUUAAUGUUUGUUUACCAAGUAUAUAUAAAGAUUUUCUACCUUCGUCUUCAGCUAAAAAUAAUUCCAGGCCCUAUCAUGGUAUGUUGUUGAAGGAAGAUGAACAAGUUCUGUUUGAUUCAUUACCAAUGGAUAGUACACCUGCACUAACCAGGCUAAUUAAAGUUGCUAGUCCCUUAAAAAAUAUACAAACAUUAGCACUGGAUGCAGAUCUCAGUCUUUCUCAGGUAUUUCAACUGGUAUGUCAUUUAGUAUAUUGGGCUAAAGCUGUAAUAAUUUAUCCACUAUGUGAAAUGAAUACCUAUAUUAUAUCACCACAUGCUAAUCUAUUUGUGAAUUCUCCCCUAGUUCAAGAAUUUGUUGUAGAAUAUCCAGGUAAAAAUCUUCAUGUAGAAUUAGCUGAAUUUUCAUUACCAAAACAGUUACAUGAUGGUAGUAUAUUUGAGCAGAAAUAUCAACAGAAUCAUAGAAUAAAGAUGGUAAUAUGGUUAUUACAACAUCAGUUAUUAAUGCAACUACAUCAAUAUAUAUCAAUAAUACCACCAACAACAGAUGAUGAUAUUUUAUACCACCUAGUACCACAUGAUUUAGUUAAAUCACCAAGUUUUACAGAUAUAACUUCAGAUUAUAUGGUUUCUGAAGAUAGUAAGUUACAGUGGAAUUCCUCAGUGAUGUCAGAACUGACACCAGAAAUAAGAAGGGCUAUUAAAAUGUCACCGUCAGCUAGUAAUACUGAGGAUCUCAAUUUCUUUUUAAGAUUAUGUCCUUAUUUUAAUGGUAAUUGUCAUAUAGAAGAAAUUAUGUUUUAUGAGAAUUUAUCACGGUCACAAAUAACAACUGUACUAGAUAAAUUUAAAGAUAUAUUAUUACUAUGUACUCAUGAAGAUCCUGCUACAACUUUCUUUAUAUAAAUUAUUAAUAAGUAAUUGACAUACUGUGAUUGAAAGUAAAAUGUCAGAAUGUGUGGAAUUAUGACUCUUUAUUUGUAUUGGGAGCUGUACAGAUAUGAAAAACUGAAUUGUAAGCUUGACAUAUCUGUUAAUUACCAAAUGUAAUGGAAAUAGCAUGUUAUGUUCUGUACAGAUAAAAUAAUAAGUAGCCCAAUGAAAGUCAGAUAAAAGAUACCUUUAAACAAAUGUAUGUGAAUGUGCUAUGCAGAGAUUGGAAAAAAGCCUUUAAGAGAAAAAAAUGUGCAAUAUCUUUAUUUCCUUUGUUAAAAAUCAUUAAAAUUUUUACAUGAAUAAAAUUUGCCAACAAAUUGAAUAAAGGUAAUAAUAAAUUAUUUUUCUGCCUCUUUAUCUCGAACACUAACAAAAGGAUUAUUUAAGAUAUAGAAACGUAAAGGUUUAUCAGUCCAAUCCUCAGCAUACGCUAUGUUAAUUCUUUUACUUGUAACAAUUUGAGAAUCUGGUAUUGAGUUUCCAUCUUCUAACCAAAUAUUUUUAUUGUCAGUUAAAUCAACUUUAUUGAUAUCUUUUUUGGUAAUAUCUAAGGCUUGACACAUCUUAGAU